AUGCAUCAAGAGCCACACACGUCCACGUUGCGAGCACUUUUAGUAGAUGCGGCCGGAACACUGAUCUCACCGUCUGAAAACGUCGCAGAGUUGUACCUGGAAUAUGCCAGAAACUAUGGCUGCAACCUGUCGGAGAGGGAGGUGCUAGCCAACUUCAGGCGGGCAUUCAACACUCCUUGGACGCGAACCUUGUUGAAGUAUGAAGGCCAUGGACGGCCCUUCUGGAAGUUCGUUGUGGAGCAGUCCACUGGCUGCAAUGACCCGGAGUUGAUGGAGCAGCUGUACCUGCACUACCUGCAGCCCAGCGCCUGGAAGCUGGCUCCUGGGGCACUCCCAGCGCUGGCAGCCAUCAGAUCUUCAGGCAUAAAGCUGGGAGUCGUGAGCAAUUUUGACACACGGCUGCGCCCGCUGCUGACGGCGAUGGGCGCUGCAGAAGUCUUCGACACUAUGGUGAUCAGUGCAGAGGUGGGAGCCGAGAAGCCCAACCCGCUCAUUUUUGAGAUUGCAUGCCAGCAGCUGGGCGUGGAACCAGAGGAAGCUGUGCACAUUGGGGAUGACCGCAGGAAUGACAUCACUGGUGCACGAAGUGCGGGGUGCCAUGCAUGGCUGUGGGGAUUUGAUGUGAAGAGCUUUGAGGAUGUUGGCGAGCAGAUUCUGAGUUUCAACCAGGCGGCUGCUGCCGAGCACUAG